AUAUUCGUUGGUAUACUACUAUAUGGACCAUAAUAUUUUUUGUGAUCAUAUAUGUUUUCGCAGGAAUAUUUGCUUGUAUUGUGUUUCAUAAAUAUCGAUGGUCAUUUUUGAUUCCGGUCGGAUUCCUUUUUGUUGCGUUAAUAACGGGAUUUGUUGGUGGUACGAUUAUUGGAUAUGUUUUGGCUGCAUUAUACAGUUCUGGAGAUUUCCCAAUGUCAGUUUGGAUUCCGUUUUUAUGGGGCUUAAUUCAGGCAUUCUUG